AUGCUUUCCGAGGAGCUCGUCUCGGCCAUCUCCGGCCCACCCGUCGCCGCCAACACAGCCGUCUCCAAAGACGUUGGGAUAUACGCCCACACGGUCACGCCCACGUGGGCCGCAAAAGCCACCUUCAAGAAAAGCUCUGCACCGAGGCACGGCCUCGCCGUGAGCGACACCCACAUAUUUGCCGCUCAGGAGCAAAAGGCACACGUGCACGUGUACUCACGACAGCGGGGGAAUCAGGAGGCCCUCGUCCCUUUCCAGGAGAGAAUUGGGUGCGUGGCGCUGAUCGGUGAUGUUCUCGUCCUCGGGACGGCCCAGGGCCGUUUGAUACUGUGGGAGACCUGCACGGGCAGACACGUUACCACGCCCCCUUGCCAUGUGCAGGCUGUUAGCUGUCUGGCUGUUACCCCUUGCCAUGUGCUCUCCGCUUCGGACGACUCCAACGUCAAUGUCUGGUCGUUGGCUCGCCUGCUGGAGCUUGGUGCCGACCCGGGACACGAGCCCGACCUGACCCUGUCCAAUCACCGCGGUGCCAUCACCGAUCUCGUCGUUGGGCCCAGCUCAAAUGCCGAGACAAGCCUCUGCGUGUCAGCCAGCAAGGACAAGACCUGCAUCUUGUGGAACUACAGGACUGGCCAGGUUCUCCGAACCCUUCUCUUCCCUGCAGCGCCGCUCUGCGUGGCUCUGGAUCCCUGCGCUCGGUCGGUCUUCGUCACCACCGACGACCGUGGCCUUUACCUCGUGGAGCUCUUUGGCGACAAGCCGCUCCUCGGCUCCCGCAGCGCUGAGCUCGCUUCCAUUGUUGUUCAGGUAGGCGCGCCUCUCGGUGUUGCCGAUGAGGACGCUGGAGUGGCAUCUUGCCUGGCCGCAAACUACGACGGCACGUCCGUCUUCACAGGUCACGCUAAAGGCAAGAUUCUGCGCUGGAGUCUUGUCGACAACAGCUACCCUGCGGAGAUGGCCAACCUUAAUGCGUCUGUCACGAAUCUAGCCUUUUUGCCGCCCAUCAAGGAUAAAAGCCUUACACGGCCUGUCACUGUGGUGAAGCCGAAUCAGACGCAGCGGCAGUACACGUUGGCGGCGCAGCUGGAAGGUGACCUCGGCGACAGCCGUUUCGGCAGUGUCUUAUCAUCUGUCGGCAUCAGUGACCAGGUCUUGGAGAAGGCCUUGGCGUCGCUGUCCGGCGAAUCAAUGCCAAACCAAGGCGGGUUGAAGACGCAGUAG